AGAAAAAUUCGUAAAAAGCAGGGAAGUCGUCAGCAACGAUAAUGAACUUUUAUUGAUUCAAACUUUUUUCCAUUUUUUGGCGUCACUGCUUAUCUCAGAAUUUUGGCAAAUGAAAGUGAACUUUUACGGCUGGAGCAAGCGAAGCAGAUUAGUUGAAUCAAAGGCGUCCAAGCGUCGAGACGUGAGUUGCCUGAGCGAGUCUAUUGGGAGUAACAAUCGCGAGUUAUUGCCAUUGGAUGUCCCUAUUCGAAAGUAAAAUUUAAAUAAGCAAAAGGAGAUAAAUUCACCCUUCAGGCUACCGAUAUAGAGUCAUAGAGCAGAUAUUCGAGUUCAACUACCCUAAGAAAAACAACACAAGAUUGCUGUCGGUAUGGAGAACCUUGCAUCAAAUUGUACUUUGAACUACAUAGAUGUAACGAUUCCAGCGCCCUGGGGGUGCGUUUCCGGCUGCUGGUAUGGGAAUCGAGCGGAAAGACCAAUUCUGGCCAUCCACGGCUGGAUGGAUAACCUGGGCACCUUCGAUCGCCUGAUACCCCUGAUAUCGGACUCUGUGGGAGUGCUCUGCGUCGAUUUGCCGGGGCACGGAAGAUCAUCACGUCUGCCGUCUGGGAUCUGCUACAGUGUCUACGACUACGUCUACAUCAUCCCCUUGAUAAUGAAGGAGUUCGGAUGGUCGACGGUCUCCCUGAUGGGGCACUCUCUGGGCGGCGUCAUGAGUUUCAUGUACGCGAGCAUGGCUCCGGACACCGUGGACCUGAUCAUCUCCCUGGAUGUCCUGCUGCCUCGGAGAGUCACAAAUCCCAGCAAGAUAACCCAGGACAUCGAAAAGUGCCUGGCAGAGGAGGGUCGUCAGGUGGAUUCCGCGCAGGAGCCUCCAUCAUUCACCCUCAACCAGCUGCGAGUGGCCCUCGACAAGGGCAGCAACCAUUCGGUGCCCCUCAAAUUGGCCGAUCACAUGCUCCACCGCCAGGUCGCCAAGUCCCAAAUAUAUCCAGACAAGCUCUUCUUCUCUAGGGACGGCCGCGUCAAGUUCUACCACAUAUUCGACAUCGAGCCUGGACUGGCCGCGGAGAUGGCCAAACGCAUUCGGGGGAAGCCCUACCUCAUCAUCAAGGGAGGCCUCUCGCCGUUUGUGGGGCACAACUGCGAUGAAGCCAUGACUAUUCUGUCCCAAGACAAUCCCAAUUUCCAGUUCUACGAAGUUAAGGGCGCCAGUCACCACGUCCAUCUUCAGAAGCCCGAAGAAUGCGCCCAAUACAUUGCACCUUUCAUUCGAACUCACCGUUCCGGACCAAAUAAAAUCGGCUUAGAUAAAAAACUAACAAAAAAUAAGCUGUGAAAUUAAUUGAAAGAAUUCAUAUUCUCAGGAUUAAAGAGUAACACCAAAACAAAGAAUGUUCAUGAAGUUAAAAAACAAAUCAAAACAAUAAAUGCUUGGCAGGUCCAAAAAA